UCCUUGGCGAUGUUGUCAAUGGAUCAGUUUAAAUGGAUGAGCUGAUGAAAAGUAACCAUGGCCAAGCAAUACUCAGCUAUUUGGCGCGUGUGACGAGCAAUAGGAAUGAGAACGAUGGGUAGCAUAUGAGAAAGGUGUUUUAUAUAUGCGUCCCUUUGUUCUACUCAGUGUCACCUCGUAAUGUAGUAAAUGGUUGCCCUGCUAGGGCAUAGCGGGCCUCAAAGGACGGGCUUUUCUGGGCGUUAUCAAUCCGGCCACUUGGAAAUACUGGACUUGACCAUCUGUAUUAUCAACGACUAUCGCGCAGCGCGCAAUAUCAUUGACUUUUUUCGACGACUUGUAUGGUUACACCUUACUACUCACUCCACGAAGGCCAUCAACGCUCUUUAGCACCUGCAAGGAUCUUCUUGGGAGAGGCCGAUAUCCUCUAACUCCCACUAGGGGCAUUAUUAUCCAUCAGCGACUCACGGCUUUGUACUGGACAAUUUCUGUGGAAUGCCACAAUUGGACUUGGUGCUAUCUUCAUUUGAUCGUCGAGGGAUUCUCCAAUAAUUAACACCGGUUUUCUGAUAGAUUGGGAGCACCAAGUACCAUUUCAUCAAGGGGGAUACUUGGUUAGAGAACCUGUACUGUACACCCUACAUCGCGUUCGACUCACUCCGCCCCCAUCUCUACCCAAUCAACUCACGCUAUACUCAUUUUCACCGCCUUAACCUAAUCUAAUCUAAUCUCCCUAGUCGUCUUACCAUGCCAUUCCUUGAUCACAUUUCCGUCCCCUCCAUCACCGCUCUCUUCUCCUUAGUCUUAUUCCUCUCGACACCAAGUCUGGCAGUUCGUCAAAUGACAGUGUCGAACAAGUGUUCCUCGUCUAUUUAUGUCGCCGUGGGCGGGAAGGGUGGGGCGUUAACUACGACUGGCGGGGCUGCUCAACCUGCGGGGUGGAAGCAGGUACCUGGGGAUUUUAGUUUCAAUGUUCCUGAUGGGUGGAAUAAUGGAAGGAUAUGGGCAAGAACAGGAUGCACGUUGAAUGGGGAUACUUUGGACUGUGUGAUCGGUGGUUGUUCAGGGAAUACAGUAAACUGCUCGGGGACUGAGUAUGGGAAACCUGGCGCCACGCUCGCCGAGUUCACUAUUGAUGUAAACAGCAUGGACUCAUACGACAUCUCCAUAGUUGACGGAUAUAACCUUCCUAUGGAGAUUACGUCUUCAGACUCGUCAUGCGCAAAAGGAUCAUGUGGUACUGAAACUGAUAUUCUUACCCAAUGUGAUCCUAGCUUGGUCUACCCAAAAAACUCGGAUAGGAUCUACAGUUGUAAUUCUGCUUGCGGGAAUCUGGUCCAGUUCCAAGACGGCACUGGCGGCAGUCUGAUCAGCGCUGAUGUUAACAACUCUCCUGUAUGUUGUGUACGGAACGGCGUGGCUGUCCAUCACGUCAAUUGCCCAAACACUUACAUCCCCUUCUAUCAAACUAUGAAGAAGAUGUGCCAUAAUGCCUAUGUCUACUCUGACGAUGACAUGUACGAGGAUGCCGUCUUCACCUGCUCAAGCACGGGUAAACCCUCUUAUACUAUCACAUUCUGCCCGAACGGCGAUGGCGUUGGCCUCGAUCCUCCCUCCUCAUCCUCAGCUGUAUCGCAAGACUCUACUCCCGGCGACAAUUCUGGAAACCUUCUUAACGGUCCUGCCGCCGUGUCUAUCUGGACUGCGGCUACUGGCACCCUCAUCGAGAACGGUGUUGGGGCAACAGCCACAAAUGCUGCUCACAGCCAGAUGAACACUGGUGUUGCUAGCUCUGUAGCAGUUACCGCGGCGACCUCUGUCACUGGUGCUCAGGUCAUGAGUGCAUCUGCUAGGUCAAAAGCAAUUACUUCUUCUGCUGUGGCUGCUGUCAACAGUUCACAAAGUAGUAGUAACAGGCACACGCAUAAUGGCGGGGUCGCAGCUAUCGAACUAGCUACUACUUCUGCACCUGCUAUGAUCAGGAGCGCCGCCCCAAAAGAAUUGGACGAAUCGACAACAACGUAUACCUCAAAUGGCAACGUAUAUGUUAAGGUUGUGGUGGUUGAGACGAAGCUUGUACAUGGACGGGAUAUGAAAUGCCGGAGAGGUAAGAGAUGGGUAGGAGAGAGAGAAGUCGCUUGCUAGUUGUAUGAGACUUAUUGUAUGUAGACAGGUAUGUAGAAGUACCAUAUAAAUUGGGCCAUCAUACCCAGACGUGAGAAGUGAUAUCCAUUCCAUGCU